GGACACUACUGCGCGUCACAGACAGCCAGCACCCCAGAGACAUGACAACGCUUUGCUGUGACGCAACACACACAUGAAUAUAUCUCCACGAACUGGCCAAAAGUCUUUCGCUGCUGGCGAUGGAGAUUGACACGGAUAGGCGGCUUCCCGACCAGCAGGCGGUUCGAGCGGCGCGCCCUUCAUUAACCGCCAUGUUGACCGAAGAAUGAAGGCGCGGAAGGCACUCCAGCCGCCGGACACCGGGCAACAUGGAGGAGGCUGAAGAGCGCGCCGGUCGAACCACCUCAUUCAUUUCAUGCGGUCACCUGGCUGGCCGGCUAGAUGGACCUGUCUGCAGCAAAAAAGUGGUCCGAAUGUGUCUGCCUGACGACCAUCUCACUAUACUGUCCACCACCGACCACACCCACCACCCCCCCACAACCACCCCCACCCCCACUGCCGUCUUUGGCGUCAUCGUAUGAGUGCGAUCGAAGAGGCGUGCCCUCGUCCAGCAGCAUGUCCAGGUCAGCCGGCGACAGACGAGAGCACUGCACACACACCCACACCCACACCGACACCCACCCACACACACACACGUCCACAGAUUGUGCGCAAAUGUGACUUGCAUACUUGUGCGAUGAAGUCGUUGAUAGGCUUGGAGUAGCUCUUGAGGUGGACGGAGUCAUCGCCCUCGGCCUCGGAGGCCAGGAGGUCCAGCAGCAGCUUGGCCACCUUGAGCUUCUCGAGACACGACUCACGGUAACCCAGAGAUAAAUCCACACCCGCACCACUCGCCUGGACGCACGGAGAGACAAAGACACGGAGAAGCGCCAAUGGCAUCCAUUGUAUGGCCGCCCUGUCUGUCUGUCUGUCUGUGUUGGUUUGUACCUGUUUGAGGGCGUGUUCGUAGAGGAUGCCGUACGGCGCCGCCACCAUGGUAUCGACGCCCUCGGCAUAGUCCGCCCCGCCCACACCCACAACCACCGCUGUGCUGCCCUCCUCCCUCUCAUCACCCUCACCCCUCUGGUACUCCAACCGAGGCGAGCGGCUCUGACCACCACCACCACCACUGGCACCAGUAGACACCGUCCAAGUGCGAUGAGACGUCGGCGGCGUGCCCCAGGCCAUGCCUUCAUUCUCGUGAGAAUGCGACCUCACACUCCCCACAGGUGUGUCGGGGCCGCUCAUGCUGUCGCCGCCACCGGUGGCCGCCUUGACAGGGGGUAGGGGCUGAGGGGUGCUCGGCCGCAUGACGGACGAGCCAGAAGAGGGCGGCCUGGGUGGAGGCGGGGGCGGGUUGCUCUGCUGGGAGGGGGCAGGGGAGGGGGGCGACGGGAUGCGUGGGGGGAGGUUCUGUGUCGCGAUGUCGCGCUGCAGCUGGCUGGCGCACGUGGUCGCGAGGUCCAGAAGAGUCGUGAACGAGUGGCGCAGCUCCGACUGUGCCGACGCCUCACUGGUCACCCUCAUGGCCUUCUCGAUCAGCUGCAGCCCAUACAGCACCAGACCCAACGCCUCACCCGCCCUGCCCCGGCCGCCAGCAGCCCGCUGCCUCGCCAGGUGGCCGAGAGUCCCCGCGACGACCAACAGAUUCUGCACAUAGGCGGGCACACUGCCGCCCCACGCGCCGCUGCGUUCGCCGUCCCAGGCGUAGGACGACACUGCGGUGGGUGAGGAGGUCAUGGUGGCCGACAGGCCUCCGUCGAAGAGGCUCCUCCCCAGCAACGAGUCGAUGUGGUCGCCGCCCAUCAGCGGCUGCACAGGGCUCACCUCCGUCACCAGUAUGUAGUCAGAAUCGUCAUAUCGGUCGCCGACAGCGCCCCCAGACCCGUCGGGCGAGGUGCUGUCGACGCCUUCGCCUGGCGAGGACGCAAUGAUGUCGAUGUCAGACUGGGCGGUGAAUGUGCGCGAGGGGUCACUGCCGGUGUCGGCUGGCGUGUCGGUCGUCGGCGGGCGUGAGAGGACUGUAUUGGGUGAUGCGGGGGGCGAUGAGGGCCGCGCCUGUGGCUGCGCCACGACGCCCCGGCCGUCGGAUGAGGGAGGAGAGGGGGGCUGGCUGGGGUCGGCCGACCGGGUUGGCGAACCGCCGACCUGACACACACACAUACCAUGCACACAAACAACGGCAAAGUCCAGAUGAGGAGAGAGCCUCUCCUUUUACAGUGUCCUCUCCUCUCACCCUGAGCUCCGUCUGUGCGGAGCUGGAAGCAUCAUCAGCGCAGAAGAAGGCCGGCGGGGAGGACCGCUCCCCCGCAGGCUGACCGCCGUUGCCAUAAUUUCCCCCAGCCAGGUAGCCGCCGUUGGUCCUCACAGCCGCGGGUGGCGAUGCCGGCGACCCACUCGGCGACAAAGUGAACUCGUCGAUCGCACCGAACCCGGGACUCCUCCUCAGGUCAUCCAAAGCCUGACCCAUGGCCGCAUCGCCAUGAGCCGCGCGGUCGGACUGCGGGGAGGCCGACGAGGAGCCCGAUGGCACAGUAGGGCCUGAGGACCGGUCUUUCUCAAAGGCUGAUGUGGAUGAGAGCUCACGGGAGACGGGGAAGAGGGGCGAGGUGGCGGCCUGCGGGGUGGCGUGAGGGGGGAUGUCGGGCGAGAGGGAGAGCGCCGACACCCACGAGUCGGACGGCUUCUGCUCCUUGGCCGGGGGCGCCAUGUGCUCGUCGCGAUGCUGCCACAGGGGGGGCGACUCCUCUCGCAGGGGAGGGGUAGCUUGUGCCUGCUCCUCCUCCUCAGCAGCAGCAGCAGCAGCAGAUGGCCUCUCCUCGUUGUUAAUGCGGGUGGCCGCAUCAUGACGGCUCAUCGGCGGCGACGGCGAGCUCGACGGGCUCGGCGAGGCUGACGGUGACCGAUCCAAAGCCAAGCCAGCAUCGCUCACGGGCGGCAGCGGGUCGCUCGGCACUCUGCCCUCCACCACAACCACAGCCACAGACGUGGGUGAGGCCGCGUUGCUACUGUAGUCCCGCUUCAUCUUGGGCAGCAUCUCGAUCUCAUCCUCGUCGAGAGCGGCGGGGUCCUUGACGCUGAACAGACAAGGCCCGCCCGACUCGCGCAGCCGCUUGCGACACUCAUCGUCCAGCGCAAUUUGCCGCAGGACGUCAGCACCCGUCACUGCAGCGUUGCUCGGUGCCGGCUGGUCUGGCAGAGAGGACAAAUCCGCUGCUGCAGCUGCAGCUGCUGCUGCUGGUGGCGGUGCGGCAAGUGGGGGUGAGGGUGGCUGCUGCGGAGUGGGGAUUGGGGAGGGUGUGAGGGGCAGGGGCGAGAGGGAGGGUGUGUGUCCGACGAAGGGGUGGCUGAGGAACUCGGCUGACCCGAUGCGCUGACGGGGAUCGACAGUCAGCAGCCGCAUCAGCAGGUUGCGGCACCUGCACUCACUCAUGACGAACGAAGCACGAUACACACACGUCAAGGAAAUGCAUUAAUGGCGCAGUGGGGAUGGAUGUGUAGCUAGGUUGUUUACUCUGGGCUGAUGGCCGUCUGUUGUGGAAAUGAGGGCCCCCUGGCCUGCUCGAUGUUCUUGAGCAGCUCCAGGGGGUUGCUGCCGGUGAAGGGCGGCACGCCGUACAGCAGCUCGAACAGAAUGGUCCCCACUGACCUGCACAAACAAAAGAGAUCAGCCAGCCAAUACACAAUGCAGCCCCAGGCCAGGAACCACCCCCAAGAGAUACAUCAUAUCGGCUUGUCUUCUCUUCAGCCCACUCACUCACCAUAGGUCGGCCUUGACGUCGUAAGGCUCAUACCGCAGCACCUCGGGAGCCAUGUAGAGCGGCGAGCCGCACACAGUGGACGCCAGGUCCUGUGGCUGCAGCGCUCUCGCGAAGCCGAAGUCGGCAAUCUUGAGGGUGGCGUAGUAGGACGCCUCCGUCAGCAGGAUAUUCUGCGGCUUCAGGUCGCGGUGGAUGAAGUUCUGGCGGUGGAGAACCUCCAGCCCACACGCUGAAUGAGUGGACAGACAGGCAGACAAACAUGGGAUGUGUGUGCGUGUGGUGGGUAGGGUAGGUGUUGGUCACUUGGUCCGUCCGUCCCUCACUUACUCAUUCACUCACCUAGUUGCUGGAGGAAGUUCCUUGCGACCUUUUCGGGCACCUUGCCGUGGUUCUUGAUGAACUUGUAGAGGUCACCGCCACCGCAGUACUCCAAAAUCAGAUAAAAGUGACCCGCACUCUUCUGCACACACAACACACGCACCUCACACAUAGAUGCCAUCCACCCACCCAACCUCUGUGUGUGUGUGUGGGUGUGUGCUUGACUGACCCACCUUGAGAUCUCUGAACUUGACGAUGUUUUUGUGGUCGAGGUGUUUGAGCACCGCCACCUCCUGGUUGAGCUGUGCCGUCUCGUUCAUCAUUUGCCUGGAGAUGACCUUGACGGCGACGGUCUCGCCGGUGUUCUGUUUGUGUCCCUUCCAGACGGCGGCGAAGGAGCCCUUGCCGAUCCGAAUGUCGAGGAUGUAGUCGCCGACCUUCUUCUUGCUCACGCCCUUGGACGCCAUCCUGUCUGAUGAUGACGCCAUCCUGCAGGAGGAUUCCUCGCCUCGAUGACGAUAAAAGUGGACAGCACGAACUGAUUGGGGCGUUUGCGGACCACAGCCACAAGAUGCUCUGCGCUGCGCAAGGGCUGCUUCUCCUUCUC